UGCCUCGACCGCCGCCAGAUGGCAUUCGACCAGAUCGAUCGCUCCCGCAACCAGAUUUAACCCAGACGGCGAGGAGCAGAGUGCACAUUUCGCAGCUGCGUGCAAAACACCUUCUUUUCCACGCCAUUCCGCCGUCGCCACGAAGCCUGCUAGUUAGGUGUGUGGAGCAGCUGGAGUAGGAGAGCGAGGAGACGCGAGGUGGCGAAGCGGUGCAACACAGUGGACUCCUGAUGGUGACCUCACGUCACCUAUGUUGAGUCUGCGUCUCGUUUCCACAAGGUCACUCAAACAGCCGUAGACAGCUGCCAUCAUGUGCCGUGACAGAGAUAUGAACCCUUAACUCAUUUUUUAUCAAGCCCGCCCAGUUUUUAUUCCCCCUUUCAAAUAAAGAAGAAGCAGAGAGAGAGAGAGAGAAAUAUCCACCACUGCAGCUACACCAUCACGCCCCUCUUUGGAAUCAAUCUUGGAUAUUAUUUUUCAAAAGGACGUCAAGCAUUCAAGCAAGCAAGCAGCAAGUAAGCAAGUGAUCCCAAGAAAGCAUUUGUUUACAUCGCUUUUACACCGCAUAGACACUCGCUGAGUCUCUGGUAUAUAAGUAUAUAUAUAUAUAUCUGUCUGCAUAUUUUUCAGUGUCGUUACAUCAGUGUACUGCCAAGUGCUUCCUUUCGCACCACUGUCAAAAAAAGAACUUGUGUUUUAUUUCAUUUAAUUGAGGAACUGUUUUCGACCACUUUGGACGUGCAUGUGGCGCGAGAGAGUGAGCUUCAUCGAGCUUUGCUGAGGAAACAAAAAUAAACCACAACAGCUGAAAUAAAAACAACAACAUUGCACAUCUCUUUGGUUUGUCUUGGGAGGAUCUAAGACACCUGAAAAAGAUCGUCGUCUUUUCUUGCUGUUUCACUGUUUCAUCUUCGUUUCUUUGUUCGUUCGGCCUUCAAGCACAAAAGAAAAACGUUCCUCGGACACAAGAGCAACAACAACAACAACAACAACGACACACAAGAACGCCCAAUAAAGAUAAAGCACAAAGUCAAAGGAGAGAAGGAUAGAUAGAUACGAAAGAGAGUAAGAGAAAUCUAUAACAUCGACCUGUAACAAAUUAAAAGCAUAAAAAAACAAGUAAUAACGGAAAGAAAAGUUAAACCUAUUCCGAAGAAGAGAAAACAAAAAAACGCACCAAUAAAAUAAAAUAAAAAAAGAUUUACUCAGUUAAAAGGUCACAACCACAUCUACUGAUUCAUCCUCCUUACAGACAGCAGAGCACUUGCUUGUUUGAGUUAGACCACCGCGAGCAAUUUACUGGGUCUGAGGCAUAAAAAAAAAAAAUAGACGCAACGCUUUUCAUUAAACCAAAAACAAAAAUAUAUAAAUAAUAGUCAUCAAGAACUGACCGACACCGCUUCCACUUCCCCGACUAUAAAGUGAAACACACACGUCUCCGCAGUUUUAAUUUUUUCAAAGUUUUGGGCGAGAUCUCUGUAUAAAUGUGUAUAUAAUGUAAAAAAAAAAAUAUAUUAACUAAGACAGACACCGAUGCUUUAAUGAAUAUAUGUGAUAUUAAAAGAGAAAGGUUAUUAGGAAACUGAGUAAGGAAUUCUUUCAACAGUCUCUUAGAGAUAACAAAAAAAAGGUUUCGAAAGAAGUAUACAUAGAUAUAUAUCUCUAUAUAUAAUAAAAUUGGCCGUGAAAAAAGAAAUAUAUAUAUAUAUUUUUUAUUUGUUGAGUAGCCUCAUCUUCCGACAAGUGUUGUGAAUCGCAGAGAAGAAGAAGAAGAAAGGGAAAAAAUACAAAAAAAAAAAAAAAAAAUACAAAAAAGAAAAGUCCACAGUGUAGAAAAAGCUCCUAAACCACAAAGAAGAAAAAACGUAGAAGAGGAAGAAGAAGAAAAAAAAAAAUAGAAGAAAAAAGGUCCACCAAAGAAAGAAAACCUUCCCCCCCCCCUACCGAACGUUGUGCCAAAACAAGAAAAAGGAAUAAACAGACGAGACGAGAAACGAGUGUUUUCUUGACGUCGACAACGGCGGUUCACGUGCAAUCGGCCCCCCAGCGAGCCCCGGGCGGCACGUCCCUCGGCGUGUGUUGGUGCAGCGGCUCCGCCUCCCCACCUGUCAACACGGAGUCGCCUGCCGCCUGCCCCUCGCCACCAGGAGCCGCCCCUGGCCCUUGGGGACUGCUCCAGGCGCCCUUCGGACCGUAGACGGGCCCUCCUUCCCACGGGGCGUCGCGCCACUCCUCUAGGACCUCCGGCGGGACAACAAGUCACAGGAGGCACGAACGCGAAAUGCGGCGCCCGUCCUUCUGCUGCGACCAACAUGGGAGCGGCGAGACGCAGUGCCAGCCCCAGGAGGGCGGCGAGAGCACCCUGGCGCGCGUGCGUCGCUUCCUGGCCGUGUCGAUGGGCGCACGGGCGGCCGGGCGCACGCCCACCACCCGCUGCAAGCACCGCGCCCUCCCCCCGGACCCCCUGCACGCCCCCGCCCACGCCGUGCACUCACUCCUGGCCGAGAUGAAAGAGGCCGGCGUGGGCGUGCAGGGCGUGCUCGGGCGCCCCCUGGAAGACGUCAUGGCGGCGCACGGAGAGGACGCCAGUGGGCAUGGCGUGCCCGCGCUCGUGCACCUGCUCUGCUGCUACCUGCUCACUCACGGCGUGGACUACGACACCCUUGUGAGCGAGGACUGGUGCGCCGAGGAAGUGAGGACGCGCCUGCUUCUCGAACGGGGCGCCGCUGGUCUCCCCUCGGACGCCCCCGAACCUCCGCCAGGCUCAGACGCUGCCGUAGCGACUGGCCUUCUGCGGCUGUUCCUGGACGAGCUGCCCCACGCGCUCAUUCCUCCGUCAGCUGCGACCAAGAUCCUGCAGCUCCUGACAGGUUAGUUGUCUCUGAGGAUC